AUGCGGGCGGCCGGAGCCGCCUGCGGGCACGGCCGGGACGAGGCCGAGCGCUGCCUGGGCCCCGGGGGGCGGCUGGCGGCCGCCGUGUGCCUGGGCGCCGUGGGCAGCCUGGGCUUCUGCAGCAACCUGCUGGUGCUGCUGCUCUUCUGGCGCUUCCCGGCGCUGCGCUCCCCCAUCAACCUGCUGCUGCUCAACAUGGCCCUCAGCGACCUGCUGGGCUGCGCGCUGGGCACCCCGCUCGGGCUGGCCGCGGGCAGCAGCAGCAGCAACAACAACAACACCAGCACCGCUCCCGGGGCCGCCUGCGCCUGGCACGGCUUCGCCACCGCGCUCUGCGGCAUCAUCUCCCUCAUCUCCCUGGCCGUUCUCUCGUACGAGCGCUGCUGCACCAUGACGAGGACAGCAGAGCCUGACACCACCAACUACAGGAAAGCUUGGGCAGCCAUCAUCCUGUCCUGGACAUACUCCCUGCUCUGGACUGUGCCCCCACUGCUUGGCUGGAGCAGCUAUGGGCCAGAAGGAGCAGGGAUAACCUGCUCUGUGAACUGGCAUUCCAGGGAUGCCAACAACGCCUCCUACAUCAUCUGUCUUUUCAUCUUUUGCCUCGUGAUCCCGUUUGCCAUCAUUGUCUAUUCCUAUGGGAAGCUGCUCUGUGCUGUCAGACAGGUGAGCAGCUUGUCCCGGGGGCCGGGCCGGGGCCGGGAGCAGCGCGUGCUGCUCAUGGUGAUGGUGAUGGUGCUGUGCUUCCUCCUCUGCUGGCUGCCCUACGCAGCUGUGGCGCUGCUGGCCACCUUUGGGCAGCCUGGCCUCAUCAGCCCUGCAGCCAGCAUCGUCCCAGCCAUCCUUGCCAAGAGCAGCACUGUCUACAACCCCAUCAUCUACGUGUUUCUGAACAAACAGUUUUACAGGUGCUUUGUGGAGCUCCUGAGGUGCAACAAAUCCCCCCAGAGCUCCUUGCCCAGGCUGAAAAAGCAGCAACAAACCCCAGGUUCUGCAGAGCUUCUGCCAAAGCCCAGCCAAGCCCAAAAGAGAGAUCCAGAGUGUGGUGCUGUAGGAGGGCUCCAAGAAACAAGCUGCAUGUGA